UGGAAUAUGGAAAUUAUACCAUUUUAAUUUUGUUUCUCCUUAGUCCUUAGCCACAAGUCAAUAUUUUCACAUGGGAGUGAAGGUCCAAGGUUAAGGAUGUUCCGUUACGGCUCGAGUGAUUCAAACAUUUCCUCUUCUUCUCCAUCCCAACGUGGUUGUUGUAAAUGGAUGUGAUUGGUUUUGUUUGGGAUGAACAUUUAUAUCCGUACCCGUAAGAAUUCCCAGACAGUUUAAUCUGCAUUCAGAAGGUCUGCAGACUUCGUUUUCUCAGACAAAACUGAGAAACCUAAGUUCGGUCACCAAAACCCAACGACCACAGUUUCCCUUCAUCACUUUUGGGUUGCAACUUCCAAUAUGAAGACUCUGCAUCACUUUUUGGUUGCAACUUGCAACAUGAAGACUCUGCAGAACUUAGGGUUUACUCAGCAGAACCUCGUUUUGUUAGUCACGGUUUUCGCAGCGGUUUUAAGCAUUGGACAGUGCAAGCUUUUGGACGAAUGCUCGACGGACGCCGAUUGUGAGGCCGGACUUCUCUGCGGGUCUUGCCCACAAGGCUUCUCAGGCACUAGAUGUAUAAGAUCAGCCAUUACAGAUCAGUUCAAACUAUUGAACAAUUCUCUGCCGUUCAACAAGUAUGCGUUUUUGACAACCCACAAUGCCUUUGCAAUUGACGGAGAGCCAUCUCAUACUGGAAUUCCUCGCGUUACCUUCAACAAUCAAGAAGAAACUGUCACUCAACAGCUCAGUGGUGGAGUUCGAGCCUUGAUGCUGGAUACGUAUGAUUUUAAGGACGAUGUGUGGUUGUGCCAUUCUUUUAAAGGAGAAUGCCAUGACUUUACUGCAUUUGGACCAGCUAUAGAUACCCUGAAGGAAGUUGAAGCAUUUUUAUCAGCCAACCCAUCAGAAAUUGUGACAUUGAUAUUAGAGGACUAUGUGGAAGCUCCAAAUGGAUUGACAAAGGUCUUCGACGCUUCCGGGUUGAAGAAAUAUUGGUUUCCAGUGACAAGCAUGCCCAAAACUGGCCAGGACUGGCCACUAGUUAGUGACAUGGUUGCCAAGAACCAAAGGCUACUUGUGUUUACUUCAAAAAAAGCCAAGGAACAAUCCGAAGGAAUCGCUUACCAGUGGAACUACAUGGUUGAAAACCAAUAUGGGGAUGAUGGAAUGAAGGACGGUUGUUCAAAUAGAGGAGAAUCAUCAACUCUUGAUGACAAGACCAAAUCUUUGGUUUUGGUGAAUUAUUUUGCUUCUGUUCCCAUUAAGAAAGGCAGUUGCGUAGAUAACUCUGGGAAUCUGAUUAACAUGCUUUACACUUGUCAUGGUGCUGCUGGCAACAGAUGGGCUAACUUUGUUGCUGUUGAUUUUUACAAGAGAAGUGAUGGAGGAGGAUCGUUUCGAGCUUUAGACAAUCUCAAUGGGGAGCUCUUGUGUGGAUGUAACGAUGUACAUGCAUGUGUGCCAGGAUCACCUCCAGGGUCUUGCAAGCCAUAGAAGUGACAAUACAAAUUCAUUUAAUAAAGCUUAAAUCUUGAGAACUGUAGGAAUAUUGCAAGGAAUCAGCAUGGUUUGUAAUUGCUCUUUGGAAAAAAUAUAUAUUGAAAUUCCUUGUCACUUCCUUCUUAGUA